GGUUCUUAUUCGGCUAUGGCGAUGGCAGCAGUGCCUUACUCUUGUCUCGUCCGUCUCCAGCGUUCCAGGCCGCGCAUUGUGCCCGCAAGAUGCUCUUCUCCCGGCCCCGCGACGAUCGGAUGCUGUCGCUGGAAGAAAACGAGGUAUUUCUCCGGAUUUCUCAGCAGGAGGCCGCUCGAUCCGGCUAGGGCUCUCGACGAGGAGGGAUACUACGUCCAGGAGGAGCAGGAUUACAUCCAUCCCAGGUAUCCUUUCAGCAACCAGUUCAAUCCCGUGGACGACAGGACGCUGCUCGAGAAGGCCGCGGACGAGCUGGAGAAGAUCACCCCGCUCAAGGCCGUCAAGAUCGCGACGCUGGCGGCGCUGGUCUGGACGGCCGCGCAGUGGUUCCUUGGCGCGGUGGUUUUCAACUCAAGCUUGUGGAUGUACGCGAGCUGGGCGCUCAUCUUCUGGCCAUGGCAGGCUGCGCUGCUCGUCGGCGCUGGCGCGUGCUUCCUGGCUCACAAGCGCUACACUCGGUGGGACGAUCGAAAGUACCGGACAAGAGCUCGCGACAGAGAUGCGCUGAUAAUCAUCGCGGGGGCGCUGCUAUGGCUCAUCCUCGUCCCUCUCGGCCACUUCCAAGGCUACGUCGAAGGCUUCCCGGCGAUUUUCUAUGGCGUCUACUGCGCCUUCUCCAUGUUUGAGAGGAUGAUCCGGAUGAGAGUCUAUGGCAAGACUGAUACCAGCCCAGAGGACAAGGACUGGGCUCUUCCGGUGAGCCGCGCGACUUGGAUUGGGUUCGUGGGAUCGGUGGUGGUGGGGCACUGGCUGGCGGCGUUUGAGUCGCCGCCGCUGGUGGAGAGCUGGAACCUCGGGUGGCAGACAAAGGUGGCGGCGGUGAUGGUGCUGGCGGCGCUGGCGCUCAAGUACUAUGGGACUUACUUCCUUCUCAAGUUCUCCAAGAAGGUGGACAGCCCAAACAUCGUGGUGCCGUUCGGGCCUUACCGCUGGGUGAGGCAUCCCAUCUAUGGCAGCAGCAUUCUCCUCUUCUCGGCGUUUUGCCUGGCGCUGCGAGCCUACGGAAGUAUGGCGCUCAUCCUCGCCGGCUGCCUCUUCUACUACGAGCAGCUGGUCCAGCGCGAGGAGGAGCUGCUGCUCAAGCAUUUUGGCGAGGAGUAUGGGAGUUACAAGAGGAGUGUGACCAAGAAGUACGUACCUUACUUGUACUGAGACAGCCUUGGUUUUUUUUCUUUCAGCAGGGGUGGGAAGAGUAGGACAGACAUGUUUUGCGAGCUUUCCAUGAACUUAGGAGAGUCAAAAGCGAGAAA